AUGAAGUUCCUCGCUGUCCUCAUCUUCGCUGUUGUUAUUUCCACCGCGCUAGCAGGUACUGCCACUACAACUGGAACUGGAAGUACCACUGGAACCACUACAACCACUCCAAGUUCGCCGUCAACAACGACCUAUACUUACACUACUACGCCUACAACCCCUACCUACACCACCACCACCACCACCACCACAGCCAAGCCCAUCAAGCAGCAGAUCCUGUCACUGUUGUUCAACAAGAAGUCCGGAUAG